AACACGUAGUAAGACGAGGGCAGACCCCGCGGCUACGGAAUCCGUCCGGGUGCAGCGCGAACGUCGUCAACGUUCACCGCGCAGCGCCCGGCCGGGUUUGGCUGCGACGGACGACGGUGCUUCGGCAUUGCCAAGCAGUUCAAGCAUACGAGGCGACGUGGCACAACCUAGCCACGACGCUGAACGCCUGGAUGCUCGAACUAGCUCGCAAAACGAAGGCGAUGUCAAAGCACCACCGUCUAAACCUGUUUCUAGUAUUCACAGUAAUACUGCGCGCACCGAGCGCACACAUUCUUCGCGUUCUGCGGCAACCGUCCGCGCACAGAAACUUGCUCUCGAAGCAGAAGCUAUGCGGCGUCAGGUGGAGCGUGAACGUGAGCUUGCGCGUCAACAAGCGGACCGCGAGCGGCAACAGGCGGAGCUCGAGUUCGAACUCGCGCGUCAGCAAGCCGUACUCGCACGGAAACAAGCCGAGGCAGAGGCACAGCGCGAGCGCGAGCUCGCAGGCCUCGAGUCCGAAGCGGAACAAAUGGAGCUGCAAGCAAGACUCGCCGCUCUGGAAGCUUCAGAUAAAGAACCUAGACCGCCUGAACGUCGCCAUCCGCGGACAAGCGUACCAGUCCGUCGCGUCCCUCAUGUGGACCUGCGGCUCGCCCGACGACGUCGUGCACGCGCUCGAGCAGACGUACGCGCGCCCGGAGCUGCUGGUCGCCCGCGAAGUCGCCGACCUAAGGAACACGCAAAAGCUAAGUUCUGCUCAGGAUUUAAAUACUUUAGCGAACAAACUUCGAAAUUUUAUUACUACGCUCACAUUACUCAAACAAACGGAGUAUUUAUUCUCCCCGGAGCUUUUUCGGUGCAUCUUGGUAAAAAUGAGUGAGCACACUAGGUCGCGCUUUACAGAUUAUGCAACUGCUCACACGCCAGAGCAACAGAGUGUUACAAAACUUGAAUUAUUGUCACGUUUCCUUUUGAUUGAGGCUGACAAACAAUUAAAAUUUAAUUUUGUUGCUGACAGUACUGUCAAGGCGCCAACGCCACCAGCGUACUCAAACGUACCACGAAAUAAUGCUCCGAAAUUUCCAUUAAAAAAGGAAACAAUACAUACUACGGUGUCUAACGAGACAACCUCUGAACAUUGUACGUAUUGUAAACAAGGGUCUCAUAAGAUAAAAACAUGUAAGAGUUUUUUAAAACUAAUCGUAGAAGACAGAUGGCGCUGGGUUCGAGAAACUAAAAUAUGCUAUCGCUGCCUGAAGUCUAACCCACACACGUGGAACAAUUGCCGCGCAAAACGCUGCGGUAUCGACGGAUGCCCUAGACGCCACAAUGCGCUUCUCCACGGCACAGGGACAACCGAGACUAACUCCGGCACGGCUCCUAGCGAUCAGUGCAAUAAUCUUCAAACAUCCUCUGAGAAUUCUAUACGCCCUGUCAUCAUAAAUAGCACCGACAACGAUAUUACAUCCGCUAAAAUUGCGAAUACUAUUGACUGCUCCAUUAAUGCAACAGGAUCUUCCCCAUCGACUUCACUUCCACGACGUCCCCGAGGCCUGCUGAAAGUAGUCCCGAUCGUACUCGAGGGCCCUGGCGGCGCGUUCGAGACAACAGCGCUACUCGACGAUGGCAGCAUCUCAACGCUCAUCGACGCCGACGUAGCAGCACGCAUCGGAGCGAAGCCGACGAGUCCGGAGCGUCUUCGCAUCGAAGGUGUUAGUAAUAUGUCAACGGAACUCGACGUUCACGCAGCGGACAUCAUAGAAGCGGAGAAGAUGUUGGUUCGGCAAGCCCAGAGAGAGAGUUUCCCAGAGGAAUUGACAAACCUGCGAUCCUCGAAGCCAGUGCCCAAGGACAGUCGGAUUAAGAAACUCGCCCCUAUACUUGAUGAAGAAGGCCUCAUGCGUCAAGACACACGCAUUAUUUCCGCACCAGGAGUGAAUAACGAGACAAAAUCCCCCAUGAUUCUUGACGGCCGCCAUUACAUCUCAAGACUCAUCAUCUUUCACGAACAUGUAAAAGCCUCACAUCAGUUUAAUGAGCUCGUUCUAAAUGAACUUCGACAAAGGUUUUCGAUCCCAAGAGCCAGAGGAACCAUUCGCAGCGUAGCAAGCUCCUGUCUAAAAUGCAAGAGAUGGAACACGAAACCUAUGCAACCUCAGAUUGAUGCACCAGAAGCGAUUACACCAUUUCAUUUCAUUCUGGGCUCCUCUUCGGUCGUACCAUGGACCACGUCGCUGACAGACGCAGACCUUUCCCGACGCUGUGACUGGCGGAGAACCCUGCGCCUAGCAGACCAUUUUUGGGCACGAUGGCUACGCGAGUACCUACCAACACUUCGGCAGAGAGGGCCCAACAACAACAACCUUUUAAACCUUGGCGAGGGUGAUGUGGUGUUGAUCGCCGACCCUACGCUUCCUCGUGGUUUGUGGCCGCUAGGAAGAGUAGCAAAAGUUUACCUAGGACCUGACGGAGCGGUCCGCGUGGCAGACGUCCACACAAAAGGAGGCGUGCUGCGCAGACCGGCCCGGAAGCUGAUUUUGAUGGAGGCCGCGACCCAGCCAGCGACCACCAGUGGUUAGUGUUCCACUGGGGGUCCGGUAUGUUGGCGACUGGC